AUGGAGAAAGUGCAAAUCGUGAAGGGUCACGAGCCGGCAUACAGCCUUGUCAUUGCCAUGCCACGUCAGGCUCUGUGGCAAAGGGUACCCCUUUGGCCACAACCGCAGAUUGCGAGGAAAUCGUUCAUUCGUGACCGGUGCAUUGCAUUCCGGCGCUCGAAUGGGCCCAUCUGCUCUCUGGCUCAAAGUGACCGGAAAGACCAGAACAUUGGGCUUCUUGGCUCGGUUACGCUCCACAACUUGCUUGACACCUCCAAUCGGAGCAGCUUUAUGCUUUGGGGCUUUUGCAGUGGUUGGCUUCAAGCUUCUCAGCUUGAGCAACCACCUAGGACCGUUUUGAAAAAGGACUGCACUUUGGUGGUUUGGACUUGCGCGUAUAUGACAGCCUUAUCACUGCGGAUAUAUCAGCAAAGACGGCCGGUGACGGCGCGGAUCAUGCAAACAGAAUGUGCACUCCAAGCUGGUUAUAAGAAUCGAUGCUGUCCUCCCCAUUGCUUGGACUGGGAUGCAAAGGAAGUCGGCGACGGUGGAGGAGCGAAGGGCUUGUCCGAAAGCGGAUUGCCCGAUGGCCAGGCAGCACUCGGGAAAUUGAUGUUCCGUUACAGCCCCGUGAUAUCUUGGCAGCUUUCCAUCCAGCACAUCGUAACGACUUGGGCCCUGGACGUGAUAUCCAUCCGAGAUGCCUGGAUGGCAGCAUUUUCCAGCCUUCUUGGUCUUGUCAGACCUCACGGUGGAAGCCCGUACAUGUUGGCCCAGGAUGUGCAUUUGCAUUGUGGAUGUGGGAAUGCCGAACCGCACAUUCAACAGCUCAUUUCUACUGAGGCCUCCAUGUGCCUAGCGGAAUGA